AUGGGUUUGAUUAAAAAGGUGACUUCUUGGUCACAUGAUAAUUUUAUUGAUUACCUUUCAGUAAACCCAACUAGAGAUGAAGUUACACAUUAUAAAGUUGACCCGAAUGAUGAGUCAGAUAAAUCAAUCCAUCGAUUACACACAGUCAAGGAUUUUGGUAGUAUAACAUGUCUAGACUACUCUUAUUUAGAUGCUGGAUUAGUUGGAGUAGGUGAAAAAAACGGAUACGUUAGAUUAUUUAAUAUUAUGGCUGAUUUAGAUACUGGUGAUAAAGAUUACAAUGAGAAUGAUGUCGAUAAUAAUAAAAAUAAGAAGACUCCCAUUGGUAUAAAUAUUAGGGCUAAACAGCAGCGUUGCAUCAAUGCAUUGGGGAUAAAUUCAAACGGUUUAAUCGCCAUGGGAUUGGACAGAAACAGAAACGAUUCAUCUUUGCAGAUAUGGGAUAUUAAUUACCAGAAUGUAGAGUCUGACGUGGCAAACAUAGCGUUCGCAUAUUGUGUUAAUGAGAGUAUAAUAUCUUUGAAGUUCUUAAACGAUACUAAUAUCCUAGCAGCAAGCAGUAAGUUUAUAAAAGAAAUUGAUGUCAGGGUACCACAACCAAUAUAUCAACAUCCAACAAGGCUAACUUACGAUAUCAAAUUAAACCCAUUUAAUGACUGGCAAUUUAGCACAUACGGUGAUGAUGGUACCCUAGCAAUUUGGGAUAGGAGGAAGAUUACUGAUCAAACGAACGAUAUAAAUCAAAUAUCACCGUUGAUUACGUUUGAAAAGUUAGUAGGAACUGGUGCUGCAUCAAGAAAAUAUAUGAAUACAUGUUUUAGAUGGUCGACAAUACGAAAGAGGGAAUUUGCAACGUUGCAUAGAGGAGAUACGAUUAAAUUAUGGAGAUUGGGAGCUACUGGAGGAACCACAGAGGACUCCAAUAAUGUCGAAAACUUGUUUGUCUCCACCGUUCAUGAUAUUGAUACGACGUUUGACAGAGUGGCUACAUUUGACUACAUUCCUAAAGAGAAUUUCCGUUCCAGUUUACUCUGCAUGCGGCAAUCUGGUACAGUUUAUCGAAUGCCAUUGAAACAAUGUUAUUCAAAAGUUUCCUUCAAUACUUCCAAUUCGUUAUUGCUAUCAAAUGGCGAAAUAUCUGAACUUGACGAGAUAAGGAUUAAUCAAGACGCACAGAAAGCAAAUUCGGAGAAUAUUACUACAGUGCUAAAAAACCUAUCUUUCGAAGAUUUGGAUGUUGCUGAUGAAUAUCAAAAAAGUGUCGGCACUACCUCUAGUGAGGAAGAGGAUUACCUAAGUGAUAACGAAGAUAGAGGAAGGCGAAAAGAUUCAAAAGUAGAUUUACAACACAACUAUGAUAAUGAACAACAUUAUCACUUAGAAGCCCAUAGUUCUCAUGAUGGAAAUGACCCAUACCAAAUAUAUUGGAAGGCAGAGAAACUUCUACAAAAAGAUAUUAGCGUUAUAAUGAAGUCGAGAGCAGAACUUGGAUAUGGUUUAGAUCCCAUGACGACAGUUGAGAUGAUUGACACCUCAAAAGCUCUUCAAAACAAUGCAUACAUACGCAAUACAUGGAGAUGGAUUGCCAUUGCAAAAUCAUCAGUCGAUGAUGGUACAAUGGUUUCUGGCGACUUAGAUCUUGGCUAUCAAGGAGUACUGGGUAUUUGGAAUGGAUUGGAUGGAAUAUCCAACCAAAAUAGAUAUAGUGAAGAUACAAUUUUAACUGAGAAGCAACUGAAUAGAGAAAUGGAAAAAAUCAUAAAAUUACGCAAGAAGGAAAAGGAGAACCAGGGAUAUAAGACAUUGCUGUCCCGGUUUGCCGAUUCUCCUAAACAUAUGCAACGGAAAUUGUGUUUAAUUAUAUCAGGCUGGGACUUGUCACCAGCAGAUUACGAAGAUAAAUAUCACAUUAUAAUAAAAAAUGGGAAUUACGAAAAAGCAGCGGCAUGGGCAGUGUUUUUUGGAGAUAUACCAAAGGCAGUAGACAUUCUUGCAGAUUCUAAAAACGAAAGAUUGAGACUUAUUGCGACCGCCAUAGCGGGUUAUAUGGCAUAUAAAGACCAACCAGGUAAUAAUUCGUGGAGACAGCAAUGUAGAAAGAUGUCAUCUGAAUUAGAGGAUCCAUAUUUAAGAGUAAUAUUUGCAUUUAUUGCAGAUAAUGAUUGGUGGGAUAUUCUUUACGAACCAGCGAUUUCUCUACGGGAGAGAUUGGGAGUCGCCUUACGAUUUUUAAAUGAUACCGAUCUAUCAAAAUUUUUACAACGGACGUCAUCAAUCGUUAUAGCAAAUGGUGAACUGGAAGGUUUGAUUUUGACAGGCAUAACUCCAAAUGGUAUUGAUCUGUUACAAUCAUAUGUUAAUAAGACUUCCGAUAUCCAGAGCGCAGCUUUGAUAUCGAUUUUUGGGUCUCCAAAGUAUUUCCGGGAUGAACGAGUUGAUGAAUGGAUUGAGAGGUACAGAACCAUGUUAAACUCUUGGAAUUUAUUUUCAAUGAGGGCGAAGUUUGAUGUGUUGAGAACUAAACUUUCAAGAACGAGUUCGGGAAUUAUCACUGCGGUAACUAAACCCCGUCAACUCUAUAUCCAAUGUAUACAUUGUAAGAAAAAUGUCAAUAAUCCAAAAGGGAUUGAACACACUUCUGCUAGGAAUAUUCUUCAUAACAACAUAGCAUCUCUUCCCAAAAUGAAGGGCUUUAGGGCGAGUGAUAAUAGCGACGAGAUUCGGUAUAGAUACGCUUGUCCUCAUUGCGGGACGCCAUUUCCAAGAUGUGCCAUAUGCUUAAUGCCAUUGGGAACAUCGAAUCUCCCGUUUGUGAUAAACGGAACCGAGAAUGAUCCCAAUGAAAGUACUAAAAAUACGUAUGACGUGACGUCUUCCGCGGUCAGUAAGGCGAACAGUGAAAAUGGAAACGAUAAUACCAAGUCAGUGGAGCCUGACAAUAUUGAUCAGCUAAGACGCAAAAAGUUACGUUUGAAUGAGUGGUUUAGCUUCUGCUUAAGCUGUAACCAUGGGAUGCAUGCUGGGCAUUCUGAUGAGUGGUUUGAAAAACACUCAACCUGUCCGACCCCUGGUUGUAAUUGUCAAUGUAACAAGCAAUACACAUAA